AUGUACCUCCCUUCCAAGUUUGCCCACUUUUCCGAGACGCCCAGUGCGGCGCUCAACUGGCGUCUGGCUUUCGCUGUCGUUGGCAUGGGUCUUCUCGGUGCCUCCCGUGGUAUCGAUGAAGGUAUCAUCGGCGGCAUGAUCUCCCAGAAGACCUUCGAAAAGGCUUUCGGUAUUCCUGCCAAGAGCAACAAGGAGUCCAACGUCACUGCCAUGGUUCAGCUCUUUUCGGUUCUCGGCGCCAUUCUCGGUUACCCUAUUUGCGAGCGCUUCGGUCGUGUUCGCGGUGCCCAGAUCGCCUGUGCGCUCGUUCUUCUCGGCAGCGCGCUGUGGGCUGGCAGCCACGGCAGCUACGCCAUGCUCAUGGUUGCUCGUGCUAUCGCCGGCACUGGUGUCGGUCUCACUCCCAUUGUGGCUCCCAUCUUCCUCGUCGAGGUUGCUCCUCGUCAGAUUCGUGGUCUUUGCACCUCCGUCUACUCGUUCAACGUAUACCUUGGGUUGCUUUUGGGCUACUGUACGAACCUCGGCGUAAAAACGCACGUUAAUCUCAGGAGCAAUGCCGUGUGGCAGGUUCCGCUCUCGCUCAACUUUGCGCUUCAUUCUGUCGUGUUGGCCUGCCUGCUCCUCCUCAAAGAAUCGCCACGAUGGCUCAUGAUGAAAGGACGUGUCGAGGAGGCUUCCACAUCGCUCGGAUGGUACCGUGGCAUGGAACCUCGCGACCAGGCGUUCGUUGAAGAGUACGAGCUCAUUGUCGAUUCCGUUAGGCAGGAGAAGGAGGCCACCGACGGUCUCAGCUUCAUGGCCAAGGUUCGCGAGCUGGUUGGCAACAAGAACAACCAGUUCAAGCUUACCAUCUGUGUUCUCAUCCAAAUCCUCGGUCAAUGGCAGGGACCUGGUGCUCUUUCGACUUACGCCAACCGCAUCUUGACCUUGAUCGGCGUCCACGAUAGCAAGGGCUACGUCAUGUCGGCUGGUUUCGGUGCGGUCAAGCUUGCCGCUGGUAUCCUCUCGUCAUUCUUCUUGAUCGAUCUCUUCGGUCGUCGACGAACGCUCUGGAUCUCAACCCUCUGUCAGGGUCUUGCGAUGCUCUAUGUCGCCAUCUACCUCGGUAUCUUCAUCGACCGACCUCACCCCAAGAACAAGUCCGCUUCGGAAGCCGCUCUCGCCAGUAUCUUCAUCGCUGGUGCUUCCUGGUCGGCCGGUGGUAACUUGGCACAGUACCUGAUCAACUCGGAAAUCUUCAGCCUCGACGUUCGUGCUCUCUCCGCUUCGUUUGUCAUGGCGUUUCACUUCUUGAUGCAGUACAGCACCACUCGAGCUGUUCAGCCCAUGCUGAACUCGAACCUCAAGGGCGCCGGUACAUUCGCCAUCUUUGCUGCCAUGUCGUUGCUCGUUGCUCUGCCCGUCUACCUCUUCUUGCUCCCUGAGACAUCGGGCAAGAGUCUGGAGACGAUCGACGAGCUAUUCGACUUGCCCUGGUACAAGAUCGGUCGUGCAAGCCGAAGGCCUGUGCGCGACGAGGUACCUUCGCACUCGAUGCCUGCCGCUCUCGAGGGACAGUGGCAGCGCGAGGGUGCUCAUGGCAGCCUCACACCGGAAGACAAGGAAAAGAAAGAAACUUAUGCCGCUUCUCAGCCUGCUAGCGGUGUUCGCGAUGCCAAGUAG